UUUACUGCAGCUUUAACGAAAGAUAAAAAUUUAUAUAUUACAGUUAAAUCAUCAUCACUUGACGACGUUAUUGGUGAUAUUGAUUAUGAUUAUAUUUUAUGUCUUUCAUUUUGUUUUAAUGUACAAAAUGAACCACAACUCACCAAUAUGCACAAUCAUCUUCAUAAAGAUAAAUUAAUGAGUCAACAAGAAUCUUCAGCAUGGUUCAAAGAUCAUAAUAUUUUAAGUAAAAUUCGUACUAAUUUAAGACAGUUUAUUGAAUUCGCUUCGGCCAAUAUCACUAACAACAAUAUAAGAUUUAUUGUCAAUGAAGAGUAUUCACUUGACGGUGUCAAACGAGCUGAAGUUAUACUGUACGAUAAUGGAUCAAUAAAGAAAGGUUUUAUAAUGCCAAGUAAACCAGGUGCGCCAUAUGCAAAAGCUGUAACUCACAAUAGUGUAACGCUUGAAUGGACAGAUGUACAAAGUGGAUCGGAACAAGUUAAAAAAUAUAAAAUCAUGUAUCGGAAACAUAGUAGUGAUAAUCACGAAAAAUGGAAUGAAGUUUUGACAAAUAAUAACAGUAAAAUUAUGUGUAUAUCAAAUUUGCCAUCGAAAACGGCAUUUGUAUUCAAAGUACAAUCUAUAACUGGAAUAGGUCUUAGCCCAGUUACUGAUAUUAGUGAAUUGGUUGCAACCCUUGGGAUGAGAAAGUUGAACUUUUCUGACACACGAUUCUAA